CUUCUUGACAGGCAGGAUGCUUCUUCUGCGUGAAGGUGACCGUACAAGUGAAUAAAAUCUGUUAAAAUGGCUUCGUUGCGUGUCGUGAGGAGGAUGUUCUGUGCGGCGGCAGAAACAGCACCAGCUCCGGCCUCACCCAGUAGAUGGGAAAGGCUGAAAAACAGUAAAGCGGGUGUUUGGUGUCGCAGCCUGGUCUCUGACUACAAAGAGGCAUGUCGGGAGAUGGUGGUCAGUGCGUGGGAGCGGCCGGUCAAAGCCUCUGUAUACAUGACUCUGCUGGGUGGGACCUGGGCCUGUUUCCACACAAAACCUGACCAGUCGUCCUUUGAAGCCACCCUGCUGGAGCGCUCCAGCCAGCUGGGCCUUCUGUCACCCUGGAUCCGCAGUGCGACCUCUGACGGCCACGUGCUGAGUCUCGUGAAGCUACGUAACGAGGGCCGGCUCCGCCAUGUCAGCCUGGGUCUUCUCUCUCUGGUUUACCGCGCAGACUACGACCCAGACAGCACACUGUACGAAGCUCAGUGCUCCAAUCUGUCAGUGCCCUGGAGGGAGCUCCCUCAGCGGAUGCUAGAUGUGGGUUUCGUUGGCCGCUGGUGGGUCCUGGACUCAAAGAUGAAGGACUAUGAUGUGAACGAGGAAGAGUUCAAGCACCUGCCAGCACACAUGCAGGUAACAUCGCCACCCAGUGUUCAGGAGGUGGAAAGGAGCGAGAGGUUGCAUAAAGAGUCCUGGUUAGCAGUGACUGUGGAGGAUGAAGAGAAAGACACAAAUGUAGUGGACAGAAAACAGGAGAGUGUCAGUGAAGAGAGCCCAAUAAAAGCACUGAAGCAGGAACAGACUCAAGCCUAAGUGCUGUGUGACCGAGACAUUUCACACUGCGGGAUAAAAACAUGCUGGAUACAACACUGUACCAGGGUAGAUCUUCUCAUUUUUCAUGCAGUGUUGAAUUCAUCAAACCACUUUUAGCUUACAGUUGUAAGCAAUGGAGCUUUGUCUUUCAAAGUAAAAGCAGCCCUUCAAAAUAAGUUCUGUUUUAAUUUAUUGCCGCAUGCCUUUUAUUUCACACCAGGUACUGCAAAUCAUUUAUACCAUGAACCACCUGUCAAUAAAUCUGUCAGUUA